CAUUCACAAUCAUAUUGUGGGAGUGUUGGAGGCAUUGUUUCCAUGAUGAGUAAUGUCUUAAUGCUUUCUCUAAUUCCUCAGCUUCUUUCAUGUAAUUACUGGAGGAAAAGAGAUUCUAAAUAUUACUAAAUAUAGAAUCAACACAUAUGUUUGCAGCCAGUUUCAGCACCCCAAAGCUGGAGAAGGAAGAGGCAGUGCAGGGCGAUGAGAAGGUCUUCCUGUGUCACUCCACUGGAGGUUAUCCCACACCUGCAGUGUACUGGCUCAUCAACGACAGCGAGGAGCCGCCCGCAGGGUCGGUGAGGACUCAGAUGACAUCACUCCCAGACAAUCUCUACAACAUCACCAGCCACUUGACCCUCAACAUUUCCCACGACUCCAUUGUGUCGUGCAUCAUUGAUAACCAGUCGAUGAACCAAACCGUGAUGUCAACCUAUGGAGUGGAGGCCAGGCCUGUGAGGAAUCGAGCAUCGUCGGCCAUGUGGAUGUUCAGCACAGGUCUGUGUGUGGUGGUUGGGAUCAUGGUGAUAGCUGGAGUGGCGUAUCAGAUCCACCUGGACAAAAUAAACAAGAGGAAGAAGGAAGAGCACAAACAACAAUGGAGAGGAUACAAAAGACGGUAUCAAUUCAGGUUGGAAGAUGAGUUGAUGAACCAGGAACAAAGGGAGACGGAUGUUUGAGCCUGACGGUCACUUAAAAACUGAAGCCACAGAGCACUGAUGUGUAAAUAUGUUUGUUGUAAUUACCAUUUAAAUAUACAGUUUUUAAAAUA